UUGGUCUUUCUUUAGUGGGAACGUUUCAGUGAACAACCCAUCUCCUGUUUGCUGUAUAAAUAAUCUCCUGCCUGCUUCUUUCCUCGACGAAUUGGGAGUUGGGUGUCAGAGAAAUGGAGAAAGCGCUCAACAGACAGAGAGUUCUGCUUCAACAUCUUCAACCCACUUCUUCCUUUCCAUCUUCUUCUUAUGCUGCUCUCUCUGCUUCAAUUUGUGCAGCUGGGGACAGUGCUGCAUAUCAUCGAACAGCUGCUUUUGGAGAUGAUGUUGUGAUUGUGGCGGCAUACCGUACUGCCAUUUGCAAAUCAAAGCGUGGAGGGUUCAAGGAUACUCUUCCUGAUGAUCUACUUGCCCCUGUCUUGAAGGCAUUGAUAGAGAACACAAACUUGAACCCAAGUGAAGUGGGGGAUAUAGUUGUUGGCACAGUAUUGGCUCCUGGCUCACAAAGAGCAAUUGAGUGCAGGAUGGCAGCAUUGUAUGCUGGUUUUCCGGACACGGUGCCGAUCAGAACUGUUAACAGGCAAUGCUCAUCCGGCCUCCAGGCAGUUGCUGAUGUAGCUGCUUUCAUAAAAGCAGGAUUUUAUGACAUAGGUAUUGGGGCUGGAUUGGAGUGCAUGUCAGUAGAUCAGAUUGACAGGGUUCAGAAAGUUAACCCAAAAGUAGAAAUCUUUGCACAAGCCCGAGAUUGUCUUCUUCCUAUGGGUGUCACUUCUGAAAAUGUUGCACAGCGUUUUGGAGUGACACGGCAAGAGCAAGAUCAUGCAGCUGUUGAAUCUCAUAGGCGUGCUGCUGCAGCAUCUGUGUCUGGUAAAUUCAAAGAUGAAAUCAUCCCUGUUUCUACCAAGGUUGUGGAUCCAAAAACUGGAAUUGAGAAGCCUGUUACAAUUUCUGUGGAUGAUGGAAUCCGCCCAAACACAAACAUGACAGACUUGGCAAAGCUGAAGACUGUAUUCAAAAAGGACGGGACAACAACUGCUGGGAAUGCUAGCCAGGUGAGUGAUGGUGCUGGAGCAGUUCUCCUUAUGAAGAGAAGUUUGGCUGUGCAGAAGGGGCUUCCUAUUCUUGGCAUUUUCAGGAGUUUUGCUGCCGUUGGUGUGGAUCCUGCUGUCAUGGGGAUAGGUCCAGCUGCUGCAAUUCCAGUUGCAGUGAAGUCUGCUGGUCUUGAGCUCGAUGAUGUUGACUUGUUUGAAAUAAAUGAGGCAUUUGCAUCUCAGUAUGUAUAUUGCUGUAAGAAAUUGGGGCUUGAUCCUGAAAAGGUCAAUGUUAAUGGAGGUGCAAUUGCUCUUGGGCAUCCGUUGGGUGCUACAGGUGCCCGGUGUGUUGGUACUCUGUUGCAUGAGAUGAAGCGUCGCGGCAAGGACUGUCGCUUUGGUGUGAUCUCUAUGUGCAUAGGCUCAGGCAUGGGGGCUGCAGCUGUUUUUGAAAGAGGUGAUUGCGUAGAUGAGUUAUGUAAUGCUAGAACAGUCCAAAAGAACAAUCUUCUAUCAAAGGAUGCUCAAUAGAUGCUCUGUUUGCAUCUUUCUAUGUUGUACUCAGGCCAUCGCUUGGUAGUCAAAAAAUAAUCAUAUCACAGCUGCAGAUUGUGAAGUAAUAGAUUUGUUUAACAUCUUUGAA